GCUAAUAAGCUCGUGAUGGGAUAAUAGGCGUUCAAAUUUUCUGGAAGUGCGGGUUUUGAAUGGAUCGCGGGAAUUUCGAUGGGUUUUCUCUACUUUGGAAGGCAACGCGCCUCUCCAGCUACAGUGCCAACAGACACUAUCAUUCCUUUUCAUUAUUGGGAUGAUGAUCACCAUACAUGAGGCCUCUCUUUCGAUAUCGUGAUUCGCUUUGAUGAUGUAUUAGAUCAUGACAAGCUGCGGCGUGCUUUAUCUCGGCUGCUCGAAAUAGGAGAUUGGCGGAAGCUUGGCGCUCGAAUCCGUAGGAGUACAGACGGAGGAUUAGAAUACCAUGUGCCACAAUCUUUCAGCAACGAACGACCUGGUUUUGCAUUCUCCACGACUGGAUAUGACAUGAAUUUGGCUGAGCAUCCGCAAGCAUCGCGCUUAGCUCAACCUCAUAAUCUUCAUGCGGCCGGUCGCCCCUCUGUUUUUAGCACUGCAUAUGCCACUACACCAGAGAUCAGGUCCUUCAUCCGGACUGCAGACUUCCCCGAUCGCUUGGAGGGUUGGCUAUGCUCGGACAGCCCCCAACUGAGGGUUAAAAUUGUUGUCUUUCAGGAUGCUACACUCGUUACUAUUUCUUUCCCACACAGUCUAAUGGACAUGGUAGGCUUUAAUGAUAUCCUAGAUGCAUGAGCGGCAGUGCUGCGCGGGCAGGAAAAUCGAGUGAAGCCCUUUAUCGGAUUCUUUGAGAACACAUUAGCCGGUCUCAGCAAGACGAAAAAAAAUCAACUACAGAAUUAUGUGUUUACUGACACGUUGCUAAUGGGUUUUGCACGGUUCUUGUUUGCAUUGCGCUAUAUAUUGACUGUUGAGCUGUUUUGGCAUCGCAGGGAAGAGGUUCGUGUUAUUUUCUUGCCAACCAAAUACUUACAAAAAAUGCGUGGUAAGGCUAUUGACGAACUUACAUUAAAUCAUGCCGGAGACAGCAGCAGACUCCCCUUUAUUAGCGAAGGAGAUGUUCUAUUUGUUUGGUGGACAAAAGUGGUUCUCCAAGCUGAAUCACCUUCUCCCAGUUGCACGAUUAACAUGCGGAAUACAUACUGUUGCCGGUCCGUUUUAGCAGAGCUUGGCCACAUACCAUCAGCUACAUCUGUAUUAGUAACCAAUGCAGUAUUUGCGGCUCUGACAUUUCUUUCCGUUCGCCAGGUUCUUGCCGAGCCUCUAAGUUUUACUGCAUCCGAAGUCCGCAAGUCUUUUAUACAACAAAGAACUCCAGAGCAGCUCCAAGUAUUAGAUGCUAUUCAAAGAAACACGCUCGACAAUGCACAUCAUCCAGCCCUCUUUGGAGACCCCAAUAUGUAUAUAAUAAUGAUAUUAAAUUGGGUCAAGGCCAAGCUUUUCCAAGUGGAUUUCUCUGCUGCAGUCCAAAGAGAAGGAAUGUCGCUGAACAAGCGGAGUAAUCAGCUGGGCAGACCGUCUUGUAUUCAGGGUACUGGGACUAGAGACUAUGCAACACGAAACACUGGCGUGGUGAUAGGAAAAGAUGCUGCUGGGAAUUGGUGGCUCUUGUAUACUCUGCGGAAACAAAAUUGGCCGGCGGUAGAAGAGCAAAUUCUUUCUAUGGUAGAAGAUACGUGAUUAUUUAGAUACAUAUUCACUUUCUAAUCUCAAAAUAAUAAAGAGUUGAAGGAAAGUACUGUAACUCGCCGGAUUUAGUUCCAGUAAAUAAAUAAGCUAAAAAGACAUUUCCUUGUCCAAUCUGUGAUACUCGGGGUUUACCAACUAAGUCUUCUAUUUGACAACCUUUUAGUCUCGUAGAGGUCUAACUAGUUAUAGCCUCAAUAGACUGGAACUUUUCUUUAGCAAAGAAGGACAGGUUUUGCUUUAUUGAUAUUAAUGACUACUGUCUUCUCGACACAUGGUCUCUCACCUCCUUCUUAGGAUCGGCACAACGAACCAUCCCAUCACAACAUUCAUCAAUGAAUCUACAAUCCCAAAACCCCUCUUCUGACUUAACCCUGUCAUAUUGGUAAACAAAAGACUCGCAGCCAAUGAGUCCUCGCAGAUGAUAAAGUCGCCCUUUUUUCACCCGCGCGAUA